CCCCUGAGUUCUCCAUCUUCCCCUUUGAGGUGUCAUCUUCACCUCCAUCUUCUCCUCUCAGGAUGGCUGAAUUCAUCGUUGGAGGGAAAUAUAAGCUGGUGCGGAAGAUUGGGUCGGGCUCCUUCGGAGAUAUUUAUUUGGCAGUCAACGUCACCAACAGCGAGGAAGUGGCUGUAAAGAUGGAGUCUCAGAAGGCCAGGCGCGGCCACUUGCUGUACGAGAGCAAAUUGUACAGGAUUCUUCAGGGCGGUGCUGGCAUCCCCAGCGUACAAUGGUAUGGGCAGGAAGAAGGCUAUAACGUGUUAGUUAUGGAUCUUCUGGGUCCCAGCCUUGAAGACCUCUUCAAUUACUGUUCAAGAAAGUUCACAGUGAAAACUGUACUUAUGUUAGCUGACCAGAUGAUCAAUAGACUUGAGUAUUUGCAUACAAAGAAUUUUAUACACAGAGACCUUAAACCAGAAAACUUCCUAAUGGGUAGUGGGUAUAACUGUAAUAAGCUCUUCCUUAUUGACUUUGGUUUGGCCAAAAAGUACAGAGACAGCAGAACAAAGCAACACGUACCAUACAAAGAAGGUAAAAAGCUCACCGGCACCGCCCGGUAUGCCAGCAUCAAUGCACAUCUCGGAAUUCAGCAGAGUCGCCGAGAUGACAUGGAAUCAUUAGGCUAUGUUUUG